UUGCUCUGUCUGCACUCUAGGAAUGGUGUUAGUGCGCACUGAGAUGGGUCAGCUGGUGAUGGUCCCACAGCAGGCCCUUGCCCAGGCACAGGCCCAAGCCCAGGCCCAGGCCCAGAACAACAUCUCCCCCCGAACUGCCACCCCCACUGCAGGGGCCACCUUCAGAGCCACUACCCCACAGAAGGGCCCCAUGGCGCCGGCUGUGGCAGUGACGGCUCCCCAACAGGCCCCCGUGGUAAUGGCCCCCCAGGUCCAGGCUGGGGCCCAGGCUGCCUCACAGCCAGCCCUGCCCCCACAGACCAGCGUCCCUGUAGCCCCAGGAGCCUCUGUCAUCUCCCAGGAGAUGCAGGAGAAUGUGAAGAAGUGUAAGAACUUCUUGGCCACCCUGAUAAAGCUGGCUUCCCACAACUCUCCGUCACCUGAGACCUCCAAAAAUGUCAAGUCACUGGUCCAGGAUCUACUGGAUGCUAAGAUUGAGCCUGAGGAGUUCACCAACAGACUGCAGUCAGAGCUCAAGUCGUCUCCUCAGCCCUACCUGGUCCCCUUCCUCAAGAAAAGCCUCCCGGCCCUGCGGCUGUCUCUGCUCAACAUUCAGCAUUCCCUGAUCCAGCCUCUGCCGCAGGCCAAAGCCACCCCCACCACAGGCACCAGCUCUGCCAUCAUGGCCGUCCCAGCUGUCCGCGGCCGCCUCCCCAACAGUGUCAACACCACGGGGGCCAGUGUCGGGGCCCAGGGACACACAGCUGCCCUGGGUAUCAAGCAAGCGGGCACCGCUGGUUGCCAGGUCAGGAUGCCCAUGUUGGUCACACCAUUAAGAACACAAGGCACUGUCAGCAAGGGAGCCAUGUUCCAAGCAGGCAAAAGUCCUGUGGGUUUUGCUGUUAAGGGCUCUGGAAAUCAGAAAAACAAGCUGAACGAUCCCGGAGGCGGUUCUUUCAGGGAUGAUGAUGACAUUAACGAUGUGGCGUCCAUGGCGGGGGUGAAUCUGAAUGAAGAGAGCGCUCGUAUCCUGGCAACCAACUCUGAGCUGGUGGGGACACACAUCCGCUCCUGUAAAGAUGAGGCCUUCCUUCACCCGGGCCUGUUACACAGACGCAUCCUGGAGACAGCUAAGAAGUUUGGCGUGUCAGAGGUUCCUAUGGAGGCUGUGAACUUCAUCUCCCACGCUACCCAGUCCCGACUCCGCACUGUGCUGGAGAAGGUCUCCUCCAUCGCACAGCACAGGAUGGACGGUGGUAAAGAUGAGGAGUGGUUUGAGCAGUCGGCAGACGUGCGGUCGCAGCUAAAGUUCUUUGAGCAGCUGGAGAGGAUAGAGAAGCAGAGGAAGGAUGAACAGGAGAGAGAGAUCCUACUCAAAGCAGCUAAAAGUCGCUCCAGGCAAGAGGACCCAGAGCAGGCUCGGCUGAAACAAAAAGCUAAGGAGGUAAGCGCUGUGCUGGAGAUCAUUACCCUUGACAUUUUCCCAAGACUUCAACAUAUAAAUGUUUCAUGCCUCGCUACAUAUGUAAUGCCAUUUAAAGGUCUGACUUAAAAAGUUGUAGGAAUUAUUUGUGCUGAUUUAUGUCUGCCUCGUUUGGAAAAGUGGUUAUAGAACAGAGACACCACACCAAAGAGAUCCUCCUCCUCUUUUCUCUCUCCCUCUCUCUUUUCUGGCUCCCGAUAACAUUUUGGAGACUGCUGUUCAUUGUGCAUGGCUCUUUCAAAGAGAUAGAUUGGGGAGCCUAUCAGUGUUGUGAGUACCGGUUUAAUAUUCACCAUAGCACUUUCUGUAGAGCCAUUUGCAUUGUAAAAGCUGAUAAAAAAAUGUUUACUGUCACAGUUAUGUAUACAUUUUGGUUUAAAACUUUGAAAUGGCUUUGGCACUGUAGGCGCACAAAUGGGAAAUAUAAAAAAUAAAGUAGGAAGCUACUGUGCUUAUUUGUUAAAUUGUACAGCUACAGUGUCUUCAGAAAGUAUUCAUACCCCUUGACUUAUUCCACAUUUUGUUGUUACAGCCUGAAUUCAAAAUUGAUUAAAUAUAAUGUUUUUCUCAUCCAUCUGCACACAAUAUCCAAUAAUGACAAAAGUGAAAACGGGUUUUUAGAAUAGUUUUCAAAUGUAUUGAAAAUUAAAUACAGAAAUAUCUAAUUUACAUAAGUAUUCUCACCCAUGACUCAAUACUUUGUAGAAGCACCUGACAGAGAUUACAGCUGUGAGUCUUUCUGAGUAAGUCUCUAAGAGCUUUCCACACCUUAAUUGCGCAACAAUUUCCCAUUAUUAUUUUCAAAAUUCUCAAAGCUCUGUCAAAUUGGUUAUUGAUCAUUGCUUUAGAACCAUUUUCAGGUCUUGCCAUAGAUUUUCAAGUAGAUUUAAGUCAAAAGUUUAACUUGGCCUCUCAGUCACUGUCUUCUUGGUAAGCAACUCCAGUGUAGAUUUGGCCUUGUGUUUUACGUUAUUGUCCUACUGAAAGGUGAAUUAAUCUCCCAGUGUCUGGUGGAAAGCAGACUGAACCAGAUUUCCUCUAGGAUUUUGCCUGUGCUUAGCUCCAUUUUAUUUAUUUUUUAUCCUGAAAAACCUUAGCAAUUACAAGCAUACCCAUAACAUGAUGCAGCCACCACAAUGCUUGGAAAUAUGGAGAGUGGUAGUCAGUAAUGUGUUGUAUUGGAUUUGCAGCAAACAUAACAUUUUGUAUUCAAGACAAAAUGUUAAUUGCUUUGCCACAUUUUUUGCGGUAUUACUUUAGUGCCUUUGAAAUAUUUUUUAUUCUGUACAUGCUUCCUUCUUUUCACUCUGUAAAUUAGGUUAAUAUUUAGGAGUAACUACAAUGUUGUUGAUCCAUCCUCAGUUUUCUCCUAUCACAGCCAUUAAACUCUGUAACUGUUUUAAAGUCGCCA